AUGAACAAUGCGUUUCUUCAAGGGACUCUGCAGGACGAGGUAUAUGUCUCUCAACCGCCUGGUUUUGUGGAUCGUGACCGUAAACAUCAUGUACGUCGCCUCCGGAAAGCUUUAUACGGUUUAAAACAAGUUCCACGGGCGUGGUAUCAGGAGUUACGUCGGUUUCUUGUUGAGUCCGGUUUCAAGGCAUCCUUGGCUGAUAGUUCCUUGUUCAUUUUCAAACAUGGCCAGUCAUAUCUUUAUGUGCUAGUCUAUGUUGAUGAUAUCAUAAUUGCCGGACCGCCUCCUUUGGUUAGUGAAUUCAAUACCUUGUUGGUUCGCCGUUUUUCUCUUAAGGAUCUUGGCCCAUUGAGUUAUUUUUUGGGUAUUGAGGCAACGAGAACAUCAAAGGGACUGCACUUAAUGCAACGGAAGUACAUCACCGAUCUCCUGGCAAAAACGAACAUGCUUACUGCCAAACCAGUUCCUACUCUGAUGUCCACUUCCACGAAACUCACUGUGCUCUCCGGUACGCCAUUGGUGGAUGUCACGAAAUACAAAAUGGUGGUUGGGAGCCUUCAAUAUCUCACAUUUACGCGUCCUGAUAUUGCCUUUCCGGCCGCAAAGAGGGUUCUUCGAUAUUUGGCUGGAACACGUAACCUUGGUAGUUUUCUCAGGAAUGAUGCUCCGCAAGUUACUUCGUUUCUUUUUGUCCAAGUUACUUCUUUUUUUGUCCAAGUUACUUCGCUCACGGUUCAUGCGUUCUCAGAUGCCGAUUGGGGUCAGGACAAGGCGACUUAUGUGUCCACAAAUGCGUACAUAGUUUACUUUGGUGGCAGUCCUGUCUCGUGGUCUUCGAAGAAACAAAGGAGUGUCUCUCGUUCCUCCACGGAAGCUGAGUACCGUGCCGUUGCGAACACGGCAUCUGAACUACAGUGGAUAUGUUCUCUAUUAACCGAGAUGGGUAUUAAUCUUCCGACAGCACCGGUUAUCUACUGUGACAAUAUGGGUGCCACCUACCUAUGUGCAAACCCUGUUUUACAUUCUAAGAUGAAGCAUGUAGCUAUUGAUUAUCACUUCGUCUGA